AUGUAAUAAAAUGAGAUGAUUUAGCUACUAUAAAAAACUGGUGAUAAAUUAAAGAAUAAAAAAUUGGAGAGAAUGAUAGCAGUGAAUCCUUCAAAUACACAGUUCACUUAAUAAUUCUUGUAGUAAUAACUUGAUAAAAGCAACACUUAAAAAAAAGGUACCUUACUCACCUAAAAUGAAUUGAAUUAAGCAAUAAAAAAGUUUCAAGAAUAUAUAACCAAAAAUCAGGACGCACAUUCUCUACAGACUUAUUAAAAAUCCUAAGAAAGUGAAAAUAUGUAAGAUAAGUCCAGGUUUAAAACAAUAAAUUUUGACACUUCCUCCUCAAAAAAAGUCUAAUCAAAGCAUUCGCAUAAAUUAUCUCAUGCCAUACCGACAAUUGCAAACGACAAACCACAACCUCAACAUUUUAGACAAUCUUCGGAUAUUAUAAGAAAUGAUGGCAUUGUGGACAAACUCUAUGAUUCUCUAAUGAGCAGAAAUGCUGGAAAUUCUAAACCGAUAACACCAAAAUGUGGGACAUUUCAAUUUCCUUAAUUUUCAGAUGAUAAUCAAGAAUUAACAAAUGCCAACUUAGAAGAAAUAUACUAUAUUCAGAAAGUUAAAUAAGCCAUAAUAUUAUAAAAUUAAAAUGAUUAUUUUACUAGAUUAUAUCGAAAUCAUUUUAAACAAUUAUGUCAAGAAUUAAGUAUUGGCAUCAAAUUAAAGCCUGCCAAUUAUACAGACAUUAAGACAAAGGGAGUUAAAUUAGACAAACAAAAUAAAUAUAAAGAUUCAAUCACUCUUAUAUUUGAUUUAGAUGAGACAUUAAUACAUUGCAAUGAACGAGAUCAUAAAUUAUAUGAUGCCAUUCUUACUGUCAAUCUUAAUAAAACAUAGCAAGUAUAAGCUAAAAUUAAUGUACGACCAAAUGCAGUUGAAAUACUGAGAAAGUUAUCAGAGAAUUUUGAAUUAAUAGUAUUUACAGCCUCUAAUAAAAUAUAUGCCAAAAGCGUAAUUGAUUAUUUAGAUCCAAAUAAGGAUAUAUUUGCUCAUAGGCUUUAUCGAGAAUCUUGUAUCUUAACAUCAGGUGGAAUUCACGUUAAAGAUUUAAGAAUACUUAACAGAAAUUUAGAAAAAGUAGCUAUAAUUGACAAUUCCGCUUGCAAUUUUUCAUGGCAAAUAGAUAAUGGAAUCCCUAUAAUCCCUUUCUAUGACAAUUAAUUAGAUGAUGAACUUAAUCACUUAUACAAAUAUCUAUCUGGCAUGAGAGAGUGUAACGAUGUUAGAGAAUAUAAUAGGAAACAUCUUCAAUUAUAUAGAUACACAGGCAAUAUUAACUAAUAUCAAAACAUUAGCAGAUAAAUGAAGGAAUAGGAUUAUGUGAUUGAGGAUAAAAAUUGAUUAUUUCUAUACUGAAUU